UAUACAUGUUCAACUAGGGAAUUAUCUUCUGUGUGCAUCAUUAAAAUCCCUUUGAAUUAACUUGCUAAAUUAGCCUGAUGACAUCUCUACUGCAUGCAGUGAUACUAUAUAGACCCUCUGGCCUGUGGAAUACUACCUAGUCAUAUAUAGUCCUAUACCUGUCUACUCCACUGCUGUAUUCACAUGUGUGUGUGAGACUGUGUUUGGAUCUUGUAAGCUGAAAAGGAAAUUAUAUAUCUAUUAGGUAUAAGUUAUCAGUUAUCACUGUGCAAAACUUGUGUAAUGAAACUGAACGAUUCUGAUAAGAAUUUGAGCCUUAUUGCAUAAACCCUGGUGACCAUUGUCUCAUUCCACAUGUUCUAUACUGUAUAGACAGUACCCGCGUUUUAAGUGUUGGUGUCAAAGUAGAAGCAGCAAAGCAGCUAGUAUACUGAUACUGCAUUAAUUGUAUUUAAAUAUGCUUGUAAUCUUAUAGUAUCGGAGAGAACAUGCACUGCACCUGGUUGGUGCUGCUACUGACCCUAGCUACUGUUACCAGGAGUGAGCACUAUCACAUUGUGCCAGUGGAUUCAACCGACUUGUGUCAUGACUAUCAAAAUGGAACUUGUUUCACUCUCGAGCAGCUUGUUCAAACAGCCCUGUUGUCUGGUGGAGACAAUCUCACCUUGAGCUUUCUACCUGGAGAUCAUAUAUUACGUGAAAUGCUUUACAUUUGUAAUUUCACAGAGGUGAUUAUUGCUGGCCAAAAUGACACUAUCAGUUUAACAAAACUGGUAGAGUGCUGUUAUCUAAUAUCAGUGCAUUGAGUAUUGAAGGUUUGCAUUUCACUGGAGCAAGUGAUGAAAGUAGUUCAGGCUAUAUGUACAUUUCUCAAUGCUAUUUGGUAGACUUGAAAUUGCUAAAGUUGGAAGCUUGUACACUCUGGAUCACUCGUACGGUAACUGUGACGAUUGAACAAGUUCUCUUUGUGAACACUUACAGAGCAUUGAUUGUUAAGGCUGAUACUGUGUACAUUGAAAAGAGUGACUUCUUACGUAACGAUGGCGGUGCAGUGAACAUUGAAUCAAGUCAAACUGUUAUUAAUGGUUCAAGGUUCAAUUUUAAUACUGGUACUACAUAUGGUGGAGCAGUGGAGGUGAUCUCUGCAAGUGUGACUAUCAGUUGGUGCAACUUUACAAAUAAUGGCGCUUAUUAUAAUGGUGGAGCAAUUGGUACUUCGGCAAUUAAUGUUUCAAUAAGUUUCUGUAACUUUAUGGAUAAUAUUGCUAAAUAUGGUGGAGCAAUUUUCACCUUCAGAAGUAACUUGUUCAUAUACAACUGUGCACUACUGAACAAUAGUGCUAUCGUCGGUGGAGCAAUUCGUAGCCAGGGUGCUAGGAGUGUCUCAAUCUCUGACAGUGAGCUAUCGUACAACAGUGCUAUCAUUGACGGUGGAGCAAUUUUUACCUCCGAAAGUAAUUUGUUCAUUUCCAACUGUCUACUACUGAACAAUAGUGCUAUCCUUGACGGUGGAGCAAUUUUUAGCCAGUAUGUUGGGAGUGUCUCAAUCUACGACAGUGAGCUAGCAUACAACAGUGCUGAGAGAGCAGGUGGAGCGAUUUCGAUUUUGAGUGAAGAGUUACUAAUAUCCGAUAGCAAGCUAACAAACAACAAGGCAGCCUCUGGUGGAGCGAUUGCACUUUUCAGAGUUAAUGCAUCUAUCAUGAGCUGUAAUAUAACGGACAAUGAAGCUGUAGUUGAUAAUGGAGAAACUAGCUCUGGUGGAGCAAUUUUGGUAUAUACUGGAACUAUAUCCAUCUCCAAAGUCAUGUUUAAAAAUAACAGUGCUGAAUUUGGUGGAGUGUUUUUUGUUGCUGAUGGCACUGUGAUCAUUUCCGACUCUGUGCUCACAAACAACAGAGCCACUCAACAAGAUGGAGUGAUUGCGGUUGCUAUAUCAACUUUGAUAAUUACUAAUACAAGCAUAUUUGACAAUUUAGAGGGUGAAAAUAUCAUUUACGCAGUGCAUUCUAACUUGUCAUUGACGGGAGUUAACAACGUUAGCAAUAAUGUAAACCCUGUGUAUGCUCUAAGCAGUCGAGUGGAGUUCAAUGGACCCACAACUCUCAGUAGCAAUCGUGGUGUGCAGGGUGGAGCCAUCAGAGCAGUCCAGAGUCAAAUCUAUAUCAAUGCAGAAGGAGUGGUCAUUUCUAACAAUACUGCUACCUUUGGUGGAGGUGUGUUUCUGAGAGAGAGCACACUCUUUGUUCACUAUUGCAUAGAGAUUUCUCACAACACUGCACAAAAUGGUGGUGGGAUUUAUGCAUACUCAAGCGAAAUUGAAUUUGAUUCGAAGGUCACUACUGGUUGUAUAUUUAAUAAUAACUUUGUCCUGUGUACAUGUAGUGACAUGGAGACUGUACUGUUUGAGAGUAUUAUAGAUCGAAAUGACGCUCAAAAUGGAGGAGGUAUUUAUGCAGUCGCUUCAAACAUUAAGACUUUUUCUCACGCUCACGUCCAAAUCAAGUCAAACUCAGCAAACAAUAGCGGAGGUGGAGUGUAUCUACAACAAAGUUCUAAGAUCUAUAUUCUGAAACAGGACUUGGAGCUAGAGCUUGGUAAAACGCUGGUCAUAUUAGAAAUUCACAAUAAUACGGCUCGAUAUGGAGGGGGGAUAUUUGUGGCAGACAGUACUGAGAGUGGUGUGUGUAGAGGAGAGGAUGUAAGUACUGCACGAGAUCUGACACAAACAGAAUGCUUCAUUCAAACUCUGGAUCUCUAUGGUCUUGAUAUCAAUUUUAUUAAGACUUUGGUACAAUUGGUCGAAGCUUUCUUGUCUUCAUUAAUGACUGGAUUUAAUAAAGAAGUUAAAUGUUUGAACAGUGCAAUCAAUAAUCGCAACACUUUUUUGACAAACAACACAGCUACCCAGUCAGGAGCAGAUAUUUACGGAGGUCUACUAGACAGGUGUACGGUGGAUGUAUCAGCCGAACUCUCUUCAUCAGACAAUGGAUUUGAGUACUUGAACAAUACUGUGCAUUAUUCAUGGAUAGCUUCAAAGGCUGUCAGAGUGAAGUUGUGUAACACCACCAAGCAGGCCAUUUCUGUUAGAAAAGGACAAGCAUUCACAAUCAGUGUUAUGGCUGUAGACCAAGCUGGAAAUCCAAUGAAUAAUGCCACAAUUCACAGUUCUGUUAUCACUGAGAGCAGUAGAGUUGAUCGUCUCAAAGAAGGACAAGCACAGCAAGAAGUUGGCAAUCAGUGCACAGAAUUAGAGUACAAUGUAUUCUCACAAGACAGCUCUGCUCAAGUGGAACUCUAUGCUGAUGGUCCAUGCAACAAUUUGGGAAUUUCAAAACAAAUUCUAAACAUAUCUUUUCUAAAGUGUGAAUGCCCUAUUGGACUCAAGCCAAUAAUGUCCUCAAUUGAGUGCAAGUGUGACUGUGAUCCAGUCUUGCAACAAAAAUAUCAGAUAACAAACUGUUCUGAGGAAAAUGGGACCAUAAAAUUGGAAAGCAAUAACAACAUAUGGAUAGGAGUGACUAAUACCACUAACGGAAGUGGGUAUGUUGUUAGUAACUGUACAUUUGACUAUUGUGUACUAAAACCAGUCAACAUCAGUCUAAGCAACCCUGAUGAACAGUGUGCCUACAAUCGAAGUGGUGUCUUGUGUGGAAAAUGUGAACCAGGACUGAGUCUUGUGUUAGGUACUUCACGAUGUGAACUCUGCUCAAACACUUACCUUCUCCUGCUACUCCCGUUUUCCCUGGCAGGCAUAGUACUAGUUGCAUUCAUUCUCGUUUUCAACAUUACCGUAGCAACAGGCACUAUCCAUGGGCUGAUCUUCUACACGAAUAUAUUAGCUGCAAAUCAGUCGAUCUUCAUACCUUUUCAUAACCCCUUGUCAGUUUUCAUAUCGUGGGUGAAUCUUGACUUGGGUAUUGAGACAUGCUUUUAUGAUGGAAUGAACUCUCAAGCAAAAGUGCUCCUUCAGAUGGUCUUUCCUGCUUACCUGUUUCUUCUGAUGUUUUUAAAGGGAAGGUACCAUGAAAAAAUAAAGUAUUAUUUUUUUGCCUUAAAAUGUUCUUUGUGAG